GCAGUUGUCCUUCCUCACAUCCGUGACUUUACUCCUGAAACGCUGUGAAGUCAAAUCAAACCAACCCAAUCCAAUCCAAGAUGCAUCUCCAGGCUGUUGCGUCUGCUUUUCUCAUUGCUCUCCUUUGCCAACAGGACAUUUUGGUCUCAUCCCUGUUGAGUUCCGGAAAUGUAAAUGUUCUAGAAAAUGUGGAUCCAAAAACAAGAGAGUUUCUUAGGUGUCUUAGCGCUCAUGAAGAACUGAAAAAUCUGGAACUACUGAAAAAACUGGAAGAACUGAAAUAUCAGCUUCCAUUUAUCAGUAAGAAUCUUCUAGACUUUCACAUCGGUGUUCCAAAAAAUGUGGAUCCUCAAGUUGUUUUUGAGAAAAAUGUUCAAACUGCUACCGACUUGAUGGCAAAACAAAUGGGCCUAGAACAACCCACUCCUGAACAAAUUGGAAAAGCGAAAAAAAUAGCAGAGGUUCUUCUGUGUAUUAAAGAUGCUGAACAACUGAAAAAUCUGAGUGAACCAGGCUUUCUGGAGAAUCUUCUUGCUGACCUAGGACUUGCUGUUUCUAACCUAAGAGGUGUUCUUGCUGGCGAGGGAAAAGGUGUUGCUGCCGCCCUAGGAAAUAAUGUUGCUGCCCUAGGAAAUGGUCUUGCUGGCAAGAGAAAAGGUCUUGCUGGUGCCCUAGGAAAUCUCCUACGUUAAAACAGUGAUUGAAGAUCGGAUAUACCCGGACGGUUGACCCAGGUUUCCAAGGACUGCCCGCUCAUCGCUUUUUACACUGCCACCCCAACCUUAAUUAAGAAUGAAGUUCACAAAUCUCAGUAGUAUAAUUUAGAUAUAAAUUUUGAAAGUUUGAUUUUCCUAUCUUUGUAGUAGAAGGCAAUGGCAGUGAGAACUGCCCUUUGCUACUCUGGAGGAUGGCAGCAGCUUUGCUAAAAUAAAAAUAAAUUGUAUUUGCACCAAAA